GUCAGAACCACCACUAUUAUUACUUCCGACCCGAGUUUCUAUGAGACCUUUUUUCCUUCUCUGUACAAUGAAUACCUAGACAUGAUUUGGAGCGACUGGAUAUCGAGCUGAUAUCAGCAUUUCACAUGCGCAGCUCCCCGACACGCUUUGACACCUCUUCUUGAGCCCGGAAUACAACGUGAAGAAGCGCAGUUAAUUCCCAGGAUGAUCUUGAUCAGAAGACUCUGGCUGGUCCCAGCAUUCUUCAUCGCCUGCGUCGUAUAUUACUUAUUCCUACAUACCGGCAGCAAUGUUCAAUCUCCGUCCGUAUCUCCUGGUGGCAGCGCGCCCCUCGGCAAGCUGCACUGGACGAAGCAUCCCGAGAGAUAUCCCAUCACUGACCUUCGAAGUCCACCGGCCGGUCCUAUCCAGAAUAUUCCCAAGAUCCAAUAUGACUUUCAACUGAGGCCGGAGUCUCUGGACGAGAAGAAAACGCGAGAAACCAGACUGGGCGUCGUCAGAGAUGCAUUUAUCCACGCGUGGAACGGGUACAAGAAACACGCAUGGGGUGCAGACGAGGUCGGCCCCAUCAGUGGGACGGCGCGCAUGAGUUUCGGCGGAUGGGGCGCGACACUCGUCGACACCAUGGACACGCUCUGGAUCAUGGACUUGAAGGAAGACUUUGAGCAGUGCGUCGAGGCCGUGAAGAAGAUCGACUUCACGACCAGCCAGGAGGAGAUGAUCAACGUCUUUGAAACCACGAUACGAUACCUCGGCGGAUUCCUCGCCGCGUACGACCUUUCCGACGGUCGGUAUCCUGCCUUGCUGGACAAGGCCCGCGAGCUGGGUGAGAUACUGUACUCGGCGUUCGACACGCCCAACCACAUGCCCAUGGCGCGGUGGCAGUGGCGCGUGACGGCGGUCGGGAAGGAGAUCGAACCCAGCACCAACACUCUGCUCGCGGAGAUUGGCAGUCUGUCGGUCGAGUUCACGCGGCUGAGUCAAGUCACCGGGGACGUGAAGUACUUUGACGUGAUACAGCGGAUAGCGGAGACGAUGGAGUCGGCGCAGAACCAGACCAAGAUCCCGGGCCUGUGGCCGACCAUCGUCAACGCGAAGGCGCUCACGUUCGACGUCAACCACUUCACGAUGGGCGGCAUGGCCGAUUCGACGUACGAGUACCUGCCGAAGCAGUGGAUGAUGCUCGGUGGCCGCGACGGGAAGUACAAGCACAUGUACGAGGAAGCCAUCGAGGCCGCCAAGAGGUACCUCUUCUUCCGGCCGCUCGUGCCCGGCGGCGAGGACCUCCUGUUCAGCGGCAACGCCGGUUUGACGACGCUCGAGACGAUCCCCAUCUCGAGCCUCGAACCUCAGGGACAGCACCUCGCCUGCUUCGUCGGAGGGAUGGUCGGGAUCGGAGCCAAGAUCUUCGGCCGCCCUGACGACCUGCCGGUCGCCCGGAGGCUCGUCGACGGGUGCCUCUGGGCGUACAACUCCAUGCCCUCGGGCCUCAUGCCCGAGACCUUCCACCUCUCCGCGUGCCAGGUCGGCGUCGACCCCCCUCCGCCAGGGAAGUGCGAGUGGACGGACGCGAAGUGGUACGAGGCCGUCUGGAAGAAGAACUCCCCCACCCCGCCGAGGGACGCGACCCCCUCGGAAAUGGGCAAGAAGCUCGUCGACCAGAACCGCCUCGCCGUCGGGUACACGGACCAGGGGGACAAUCGGUACAUUCUUCGCCCCGAGGCCAUCGAGUCCAUCUUCGUACUCUACCGGAUCACGGGCGACAAGAAGCUGCAGGACGCGGCGUGGGCCAUGUUCCAGCGCAUCAACACGGCCACGAAGACGUCCAUCGCCCACGCCGCCGUGAACGACGUGAGGCUUCCGAUGCCCGAGCAGAGCGACCGCAUGGAGAGUUUCUGGCUGGCCGAGACGUUGAAGUAUUUCUACCUCAUCUUCAGUGAACCGUCGGUCGUGGACCUGGACCGGUGGGUUUUGAACACCGAGGCUCACCCUUUGAAGAGACCUACUACCACUUGAGAAAGGCAGAAUCAACGAGGGAUGGGAACGAUUUGACGAGUGACGCCUGUGGAUAUAAGCGUGGACAUUGUUUGCUUUCAUGCCGACUAUUACUACUACCAGUCGCAAAAUGUCCCGAUGAUGAUGUGACGUUCUGUUGAUGACAGCUUGGAGAUUUCUCCAUAUCACACACGCCUAGAGAUAGUUGUCUACGGACCUGGAUACCAGAAUGUUUAGGUCACGGGUUUACGGUCUCCCCAGCGGCCUCACGCGUCAAAAGGGUUCAUGGCCACAAGGGAUGACUUGCUACAGUUUCAAACGGUUGACAAAACCAGGGUUGAUGUCAAAGGUCAAUCAAACAGGCAGCAUCAGACUUUUCUGGCCCCUUCUUGAUUGGAAUACAAAAUACAUUGGCCUGUCAAGAAGUCGAGAAGGAACAAGGGGGUGUGUGCACGGGAGAAUGAACGUUGUCAAGGUAUAUUCUUUGUACAUAGUAACACUGUGAUGAUACCUUCAAUGGCUUACUGUUUCCUUAUCUGCCC